CCGAUUUAAACUAAUAUUACUCGCUUCCCCCAAAUAAAUCUAGGGUUUUCUAUUUCUUCGUCUCCCUGCAUCUUGUUCGUCCGCCUUUAACACACGCGCCGCCGCCGCCUCCUCCGGCUCGCCGGUUGUACCCACCCCUGAGAGAAGAAAAGAAGAAAGCAAGAUGGGAGAAAGGAAAGUUCUGAACAAGUACUACCCGCCGGACUUCGAUCCGGAUAAGAUCCCGAGGCGGAGGCAGCCGAAAAACCAGCAGAUGAAAGUGCGCAUGAUGCUUCCUAUGAGCAUCCGCUGCGGCACCUGCGGAAACUACAUCUACAAGGGGACGAAAUUCAAUUCACGCAAAGAAGACGUCGUCGGAGAGACGUAUCUAGGUAUUCAAAUCUUCCGAUUCUAUUUCAAGUGCACCAAAUGCUCGGCCGAAAUCACCUACAAAACCGAUCCACAAAACUCCGAUUACAUUGUCGAAUCCGGCGCAACGAGGAAUUUCGAACCAUGGCGUGCGUCCGAUGCAGAGACUGAGGAGGAGAAGAAGAACAGGCUCGCUGAAGAGAGGGGCGAUGCGAUGAAAUCGCUGGAGAAUAAAACUCACGACUCGAAGAGAGAAAUGGAUAUUCUCGCCACACUGGACGAAAUGAAAUCCAUGAAAUCGAGACACGCUACUGUGAGUGUGGAUGCAAUGCUUGAAGCUCUGCAGAGAUCGAACGAGCAUAAGGAAAGGAAAUUGGAGGAAGAAGACGAAGCUUUGAUCAAAUCGGUGUUUAAGGGACAGAGAGAAGCUAUUGUGCUGCGAAGAAUUGAUGAUGAUGAUUUAGAUGAUGAUGAUGAUUAUGAGGAUUUUGAUCCGUCGAUUGGCUUUUCGAAGAGGAUUAAAAUGUCGGAUGAUCAUCCUUCUAAACCAACUGAUAUACUUACGAAAGAGAGUGUUGAAGAUAGCUCGAACAAUGGAGAUAGUGGUGGUGGUGGUGUUCAGAAGGUGGCUUCUGAUAAUGGUAAAUUUAUAUUCAAGUCUUCAACAGUUAGGGUUUCUGUGAUGAAGAAAUCGGCUGCUAAUUCCGAUGGGAAUAAGGGGAAAGAAAAACAGAGUGCAGAACGACCGAAUUCUGGUUUGCUUUCGUUAUGCCAGCAGUAUGGAAGCGAUGGUAGUGAUGAAGACUGACUGUUGAAUUUUGAUCUUUAAGCAAAUGAUGCAAAAGUGUUCAAAUUAGGUCUGUUUUUUUAUAUGAUCCUUUGGUAUCUGUAAUUUGUAAUUUCCAGUUUUCGUGAACUAUUCUUGAAACUCAGUAU